AUGGCUAUCGAUCAGACCGAAGAAGUCACGCCCAACACCAGCAGAAAUGACCAACUUGUUAUUGAUGUAAGUAGUCCUCUGUACAUUCAUCCUUCCGAUAGCCCCGGAGUAACUCUAGUGCCGGUUCCGUUUGACGGGAUUGGAUAUAGGUCGUGGAGAAGAAGUGUGUUGAGAGCCCUGUCUGUUAAAAACAAAUUAGGGUUCGUAAGUGGAGACUGUGGGAAACCUUCCCCCAAUUCACCACAAUUUCGUCACUGGGAAAGGUGUGACAACAUGGUAACUUCCUGGAUUCUCAAUUCCUUGUCAAAAGAAAUUUCUGAUAGUGUUGAGUAUGUUAGUGAUUCAGUAGAAUUGUGGAGAGAAUUGGAAGAUCGAUAUGAUCAAACGAACGGUGCAAAGCUGUAUCAAAUCCAAAAGGAGAUCAAUGAUCUUGUUCAAGGGUCUUUGGACAUUACUACCUACUACACGCGAAUGAAAAGACUAUGGGAAGAGUUGAGCAAUCUCAAUGCAAGGUCCCAGUGCACUUGUGCUUGUACGUGUGGCUCAAAGGACAAUAUGCAUAAGGCAGAGCAGGACAGGCGACUUAUUCAGUUUUUGAUGGGAUUGAAUGAAGU